AUGAUCCGUUACAAUGUGAAGAGAGAAGUAUCUUCAGUACUCUCACAUGUUAUUCAGGCACCAAGAACUGCAAAGGCUGCUUUGAUAACAGACCAAGAUAGCUAUUGGAAAGCGAUAGUCAACCAUUUGAACGAUCUCUUGAAAAUCUUGCAAGAAAAUUGUGUCCCAACAAUUUUUUCUCGGAAGAUAUUUACACAGAUUUUUGCAUUCAUCAAUGCUCAACUCUUCAAUAGUCUUCUUGUACGGCGAGAGUGUUAUUCUUUCAGCAAUGGAGAAUAUGUGAAACAAGGGCUGGAAGAACUGGAGGCAUGGUGCACGCAAUCCAAGCCAGAGGUAGGUCUGACCAUCUUUGUGCUGUGA